GUUCACUUAUCUUGGUUUUCACAAUGACCCUCUGCCAGCUCUGCAACUCCAUCUCGUUGACAAAAAUGCGUGGGCCGAAUCUCGACCAAAUGCAGCCCCACCAGCCUAGCUAUCUUGCGUUGAAAAGGUCUGCUGAUGCAGGCUGUCAGCUCUGUGGCUUCUUCUGGAGCGCUCUUGAGCAGGGCUCUGGCAAAGACAGACAACGGAGCUUUCUUCGUGCAGCUCUAGCCCAAGUUUGUGAACAAUAUCCAGGCCGUCAGCUUUCACUUGCAGCCUGGGGCGGAAGCCAGGCCAGCCUCGACAGGAUUUACAUCGUUACCACGGGUGAGGUACCUGAGGUCGAUGACGAAACUGCGCCCUCAGAUCCGACCAUGCAUCCUGAUCAUCAACACGCGGCUUACGGUGUAGUUGACUUGUAUGCUGAAGCAGAUGAUGCUGCAGCAUACCACGGAGGAGUUACUGGUAGGCCAUUGCCACUCUCAGCCGGCUCUGAUGUCGACUUCGAGCAGGCGCGAAUGUGGACGCAGGAUUGUCUGAACAAUCAUGCCGCUUGUCCAAAACCGAGCGUGGAGACACCACUGCCAACCCGAGUCAUUGAAGUUUGCGCGCCCAACGAGCCCAUUGAGCUACGUUUGCUAGAAUCUCAUGGGAUGAAAGGCUCUUACAUUGCCCUUAGCCAUUGUUGGGGUGGCCAGGUUCCCUUGACUACCACAACUGCAACACUGGAGGACCGAACUCGAUCCAUUCCGUUCGAACGCCUCCCCAAAACAUUCCAAGAGGCGGUGAUUGUGGUACGGAGACUUGGUGUGAGGUAUCUAUGGAUAGAUAGCCUUUGUAUCCUCCAAGAUUGCCGAGUCGACUGGGAGAAAGAAUCCGCAGUCAUGGGGAAUAUAUAUGCUUCCGGCUUCGUCACUAUUGCUGCACGAGGAAGUGUAAAUUCGGAAGGCGGGUUAUUUAUUCCACGAGAAGUAGAACCACCUCCCUGUCGACUACCCUAUGAAUGUACGCAGCAUUCAAUCUCAGGUUCUAUGUAUAUUCGGUCUCCUGUCUUCCAACACGAGAGGCUGCGCGACGCGCCACUAGACACACGGGCUUGGACCUUCCAAGAGCGCUUGUUGUCGCCCCGAAUCAUUUAUUUUGGGCGGCAUCAGCUGUAUUGGGAGUGUGCCGAAAGUACCAUCCGCCAGGAUGGCAGGGCUCCUGAUGUUGCGACGGAUGACCUAAGGUCCGGUCGCGGCUUCAAACAAGACUUAGAUAUCAACAGUCCUUUGCCGUACACUACAAGCACUGUGUUUUUGCGGGACUACCAGGAAUCUUCCAGUGUCCGUCGGUUUGAGAGAAGAGUUAGAUUGCUUCGAUGGUACACCAUUGUUGAGGAAUAUUCUUUGCGCAACCUAACCUAUCAAUCUGACAAACUGCCUGCUCUGUCCGGUAUCGCGAAGAUGUUCGAGAAGAGGACGGGAUAUACUUAUCUGGCUGGACUAUGGAAGGAAGACCUCAUCGUCGGUAUCGCAUGGUACGCCUCACAGUCGAGCACAGAAGUCAUAUCUGAUACAUUGCCUUCGUGGACUUGGGCGCGCCUCAAGGGCGAGGUCGGAUUCUGGUGUUCAGGGAUAGGCCUACCCCUGAGAGAGCUGGAAGAGUCAUGCGAAAUGGUACACGUGAAGUAUACACUUGCCAGUACACACAAUUCCUACGGGGGUAUUGGGAACGCCGCGUUGGAAGUCCAAGGUCGAUUGAUAGAGGUGGUGUAUAGAUCGCCACAAUCACCACAGGACGAGUUCCCAACAACACUGUUUUCAGUCGCUGAGGUGCCAGUGGGACGAGUGAAAUUUGAUCUACAAUCUUCCGAAUCACACGAACGUUCCUUCUUUUGCCUCUUGAUACAUGGCGGGGAACAUUAUCCAGCGGCCCUUGCGCUGGAGUCAACAGGAAGCACCCUUCUGCCUUCUUAUAAGAGGAUUGGAUUUGUAACUUUCGAUCCAGAUUGGUGGGAGCUUCAAGGAAAAGCAGCAUUCAAAGCGAUACAACCUUGUACUGUCUUCAUUUUAUAG